UAAUAGCAUCAGCAGCCUGCAGCCUGACGCAACCUACGGCAGCCAUCGACUAAUAAUCGCUGCCUGCUGCAGUUUGACAUCGUCGAAACUGCCAAGUUUAAAUCGAUCGGAAAAAUGCAUCGAGAGCCAGAUAAGUCUACGUCGCGAAAUUUUUGCUAUUGGAUGCGAAGCAAUUGAAAGAGCGAAAGCUUGUGUGACUGGUACCGCGUAGCAUGUCUGUACAAUUGCUAGAGAGGAGGAUACGUAACGAUAAGUCGGACACUGAUUGCAGUUGAGUCUUGCCGUAUACUCACGUAGUUAUUUUGAUUCGCCAGAGAUGUCGAAUAAUCAUAAGCUCGCUCGUCGAGAGAGGAAAGCUCCGGGCAAAGUUAAGACAGUCGCGCUCCGCUCCGAUGCUGCUGCGAGCGCACGCGGGCGACCUAACCUCAUCACUGAGCCCGCCAGUUUUCGAAAGCACGAUGGGCAACGACACCGACAGAGUGCCGAGUCUGAUGCCGAGCUGGCCGAGGCGCGACGAGAUGCCUCAAACGCUGCUGGAGCUAAAGUUUGAGCUGAAGCUCGAUUGAGUUGGCCGUAAUGUGUACAGUACGAUGUACCGUCGAUACCCGUGUACCCUGUCUUUGGAAGCUCGGCUGCAAAGACUAUCGCGGCAGAUCGCAGUUGCCACGUGAAGAAGCGCGCUUACGACAUUUGAUGGGCAAGAAGAAGGAAAGUGAGCCGUGGGCCGAUAGAAACAGCCUGAGGAGAAAGAUCGACGCGGUAAGGACGGCUUUCAGAAAGGAAGCAUCCCCGAACCAUCGAUUUUUAAGUCGAGCCACUCGCGCCUUCGUCCUCGUCAUCCCGUGGCUAUUCACGGCGCAACUCACGAUGACCAGUAUGUGUGGAAAUCAUCGUUUCCCAUGCACGGAUCUCGAUCGAUUCGGUGUAUACGUGGCGGCAAAGCUCAAAAGAUUGUCGAGCGAGCAGAGCAUCAUUGCGGAGAAGGUCAUCGCCGAGGUACUCCUGAGAGCCAAUCUUGGCACGCUCGAGGGAACUACCACUUUGACCGAGGCCACGACGACUAUUAGUUAG